CGGAGGCAGCUGUAGACAAGGGGAACUUUUGUGCGCGCUUCGGCAGCAGAGGAGAGGGUGCAUCUUUACAGCCCCCACCCCGACGGGCCCCUGCCAUCUCCCGUCACUCUAUCCUCAGCCCUUGGGAUGGACCCUCAGCCCUCGCCUCCGGGCAGGUGGGGGUUGCCGAACUCGGGCCCUCGGGACUCUGACCCUGAUGGCCGCUCUGAUACCUGCAGCACCUCUCGGAUGGAAGUCCUGGAGGAGUUCGACAACGAGUUCCCCCAGAGUGUGACCUUCUGCCAGCUCAUCUCCGUGAAGGACUUCGAGAGGCAGGCGGUCACCUACACAGAUCGCGCACUGCGCCGCCUCUUCCGCACCCUGGAUCGCACCCCACAGCUGGCAGAGAGGGUGCUGCGCAAGAACAAACAGACCGAGUGCGAGCAGCGUGGGCUCUUCUCUUUCCUCUGGGCGAAGUUCCUCUGCACUGUCCAGGGGCAGCUGAACCUGUGCAACAGCAUGGGAGCGCAGGAGAUGCGCCAGCGCCUGGACCGGCUGAAGAGGACCAUCCACCGUGCUCACCUGUAUGCCCAGGAUGCCAAGAAGAAGAGAAAAAAAUCCAAACUGAAGAAACCAGAACCCAUACUCCGACAAGACCGGUCAACCUCUCCAUGCCUACUACCAACCCUGCUGCCACCUCCACCACCGCCAUCACUGCCACCACCUGUCACCACCAUGACCUCUGUGGUGGCCCCAUCGUCCCCAGUCUACACUAUGCCCAGGAUCUUUGGUCCCUUCCCUUCACUCCCUAGGAAGCCGAUGGAGAAAUUGGACAACACAGGGUCUGAAGUGCAAUUAAACUGCAGUGGUCUGUCAUCAAACCCAAAGAGCCGCAUGGUUGAUCUGACUCCCUUGGUCCUCAACCCCGGAGGCUUCCAUUUCUCAUACUUGGCUAGAAACAGUCCACACAAGCUCCAUUGCCCCGGCUUUCCCUGGACCUCUGCCUGUAGUGACUCCCCUGGCCCCAAGAAGACCCCAGCAUGUGCUGUGAAGGCGUCCAUCUUCACUCCGCCUGUCCUCCUCAAGUUCCAGCCUACUCCCAGGCCCAAAGAGGAUGCAGAGAACAGGCCUGGAAGUGCAGAGUCUUCGUCCCAUGAGAACCAGUGACCUCUCCCCCUA